GGCGGUCUCUAACGAUGCCAUUGCACCGCCGAACGCGGCUCCCAGCAGGAAGGCUAUAAAUACACAUGCAUCGCGGGGUAAACAAACUUGACCUCAGUGGAAUUCUUAUCGGUGUAUAUCUUUGAUGCGGAGUCGUAUACACGGCGAUGCUGUUUUUAAGGUUAUGCCGUAUCCUAUCCCCUUGCUGGUUCACCAUCGUCGUCGUCGUCGUCGUCGUCGUCUUCGUCUUCGUUGUCGCGUCGUCUUCUAUACUAUACUCUUAACGUAACAUAAGUAAAGUGGAACGUGUGUGUGUAUGUGUAUGUGUGUGUGUGUGUCUACCGAUUUGAAGUUCUGAGUUAAAAAGUAAUCUCGGAACAACGUAGAUUUUAAUAGAAGAUCAUCUGUAUAACCUCUGCUCUGAAGCCUUAGUGACUUGCAUGAUCAUAAACGUUUUACAACUUAUUUACAAGCUUACGUGUGAUAUAAAAUGAAGUGGUCUCCGGGUGCUCUGUUUUGUGAACAAGUGGGUGAACUUACUAGGGUAUUCUCUCAGUGGAACGAGUGCGAACAAACCGUGGUACUUUAUGCUCUACUUCGUCGCAUCCCAGCUGUUCAAGCAAGAUUUCUGGCACAGGCUGUACAACAUUCUCUUCACUCUGUUUCUGAGUUGGAUACGCAAGAAUUGAAUGCUAACAAUCCAGCUUUCAUUAAUUCAUUACUGUCAGAAUCGACUGAAGUUGCAAUCAAUCAACUUUUAACACAUCUCCCGCUUUUAAGGCCUGGAAAUAUAGAGUGCAAACAAUGUUAUCUUGUUGCAAUACCUGAGUUAGUGAGUCAUUGUGUGACCACGGGUCAAUAUACAGAACAGACACAGCAGUUGCUAAGUUACACGUUAAUUCACCCUGCUAUAACUAGUCAAGACAGACGCUCGUUAACCCAAUGGCUAAGGCAUCUCGAAGAACGUAUCAGUGGCACUCCAUCUAUUCAUAGUCUCGAAGAAUAUACAAACACCUCAACUAGGUGGGAUAAUGUAUGGCAAAGAAGUUCUAAACAACAACAGCAACAACAACAACAAUCAAACGAACAAACACAUUUGUUUGGCACACAACCAACUACUACAUUUAAUCUACAAUUUCCUCCUCCCUUAACUCGUCAACGUCGUUCAAACAGUUUAACUCCUCCAGUUGCACCACCACAUCAUCUUGAAGUCGUUGAUCGUAGCAAUAACGCAAAUAAUUCCACAAGACACAAACCACGCAGUUUUAGUAUUUCUGGAGAUCAUACCAGCAAUCUAAUAGGUUUAGGUCCUCUUAGUCCACAGAGUUCUUGUGCAAGCAGCGGUAGUGAGGGUCGUUUAGAUGAAGCUUCGAAUCGUACAUUGGCAAGUGGAAUGAAAGAUGUACCAUCAUGGCUUAAGACAUUACGCCUGCACAAAUACAGCUACUUGUUUGUUACACUAAGUUACGAAGAAAUGUUACAACUAACAGAAGAACAAUUAGCCGAACAAGGUGUAACAAAAGGAGCCAGACAUAAAUUAGCUCUUUCGAUUGCUAAAUUGCAACAACGUUACACGACUCUUGUUAAUUUAGAAAAAGAUCUAUUACAACCAACUCGUGAUGGUACACAAGGAACUUCAUUUUCACAAGGCCCUAUACUACUUGUCAAUACUCUUGAUGAAUUGAAGACCAUAUUAGCGACACCUUUAAAACCAAGUCAGGAAAGUGAUCCUCAGGAUAUACCUGCGCAAUUUACGAAAGUUCUUGGAAAACUUUGUAGUAGACUGGCACUGGAUAGUGUAGACGAUGGAAUUUUAUGUGCAUGCAUUAAUAUAUUAGAAAAGGUAUUGCAACAUGACUGCUUUACUCCAAAUCAAAAGGAGAAGGUACAACAAUGGCGUAGUAGACUUGGCAAUCCACGACCCACACCAAAGUGGCAAUAUAAUUAUGGAUAUAAUAAUCGGAGAUUUUGUAACCUCCAACAACACAAUAGAAAACCGAGUUUAAAUUUGAGUCACAUUCACAACACUCAUUCACAUAACAAUUCUUUUACCGUCAGUCCACAUAGAAAUAGUAUAUCUACACCGUAUAUACAAAAUAAUCAGAUCCAAACUAUGAAUCAGAAUAACUUACGUCCAGUACAUACAGCUGAGAAAAGACCUAGUUUACAGGAGAACAGUUUGGAGCAACUUCAAAGAACGUUGCAACGAACAUAUAGUGCACCAAGAGAUCAUUUUCUUGGUCAAGGAGGAGGAGGAGGAGGAGGUGGUAGUGGACCGGAAACAACAGAACCGGAAAUAAAUUCAAGUCUUGAAUCUCUCUGCUUGAGAAUGACCGAGCAAGCGAUCGGUGGUUUCGGUGAAGUCUAAAAGAACAUUUCUCCUCCGUAGCCGUAUUAAUGGACGUAUCGUAAGUUCCGUCUAAAACGAAAAAAGAAAAAGAAAAGAAAACAAAAAUCAUACAUUAAUACUUGUUCAAAUAAUCAAUCAUUGCCAAAAGUGGGUAAGAAAAGGGAAGGGCGAGAUGGGUAAGAAAAAAAAAAAAAAGUAUAUGCGGUGAAUUUUGAAAUCGAUGAAAAUGGAGAUGCGAAUGAAAUUGAAAUUGGUCGGUAAUGACAAAUGACAUUUUAUAUAUAUAUAUAUAUAUAUAUAUAUAUAUAUAUAUAUUCGCAUAUUUUAUUGCGAUAAUAAUAUAAAUAUAACAUUACACUCUCACGCUUUAAUAACACUACCAAAUGAAGAAGGAGAAGAAGAUGAAAGAAAGAAAGAAAGAAAGGGAAAAAAAAAAAGAAAAAAUAAAUGUUUGACAAUUGAGAUGAUUGCGUUUAAAAGAAAAGAUGAGGUCAUAAGUAUGUGGGCGACGUGAUCAUAAAUGACUCAAAAUAUAUAUAUGUGAAUCAUAUUUUUUAUUAUAUCCGAUGCAAUUCUACUGUUAUAUGAAACUGACAGAAUUUGGCGAGCCAAAUGCUAUUAGAAAGAUAGAUUCUUUCCUUGACUUAGCUGCAUCUAUAGAAGAAAAAAAAAAAAAUAAAAAAAUAAAAAAAAAAUAUAUGAAUAAAAUAUAUAUAAAUAUAUGUAUA